AUGAGCAGGAGCAGGAGGAGCGGGUCAUCGGGCUCGCCCAACAUUCAGGCCACAGGCGCCGUGGCCGCAGCCCCCGCCGUGCCCGAACACAGCAUCCGCCGCCGCCAUGCCCCCCGCAGCUCCCGCAGCCCCCGCCAUGCCCGACGCAGCCGCAGCCACACCGCCCGCAGCCGCCGCCCCGCCCGCCCCGCCCGCCCCGCCGUCGCCCCCGGCCACGGCCCCGCCAUGCUCGCCGCAGCGGCAUCUACGGCACCUAACACCCGCCCCAGCCACGUCGGAACCCCAGGGCCUCCUGCCCCCGCGAACACCGGGCCUGCACAGCCCGUGCCUAACGCUCUCCUUGCGCCCGAGCCUGAACCGCGGGUGGGGCGCGGCCGCUGGGCCAUGCAACGCCUGGGCCGUGGGAUAUCCUUGCUCAGCAUCGUGGCCAAAGUGAAAGAAGCAGCUUCUGACGUGGACGUGGACGAAGUGGUUUCUAGUGUUGUCGAGUUCUUUGCCGACGUGGCGGGGUAAGCAAGUCCGUUCGUUCGUUCGUGCCAUCGCCGGCGGUGCUAUGGCGUGAGUGAUGAUAUGGUGUUUGUGCUUGUCUGAUCGUAUAUCGAAACAUGGUGUGCAUUGGAUGGGUGCGUCGGUGGGUGACGAUGUAGGCUGGCCAGGGCAGGUACCACCGGCGUGCCGUGGUGGUUGAUCUUUCGUUUUUUGGUCGUGCGCGCGCGUUUAGGUGGGUGGACGUACGUGAUAAAUCGCGUGCUUUCUGCUCUCCGCAUGGUGUGGUUAACAUUUCCCAGGAGUAUAGUUUGCUGCGUGCUGCUCGAGCGGGUGUGGGAAACGAGCACAUCAUUCUUUCAUGGCCGCGCUUUCUUGGUACAUUUAUUGUCUUUUUUUGGGAGUGGGGUGGGUGGGUGGGUAGGCGUACUGUUACGUAUUUCAAACCAGCGGGGAUGGGUUCGUUCGACGCGGCGCUUUCCCCUCACGCACACGCCUGGAAAUUCGGGCGAGUUUCCAGGGGCACCCUGAUGGCGAGCAUCUGCACCCCGGCGCUUUCCAUCGGCCACACCGUAACACACAAGCGUGUUCCCGUGACAGGGUCUCGUGGGAUGCGAGGGCGCGCCGUCGACGAUAUAUAUUGGUCGUCGACGGCAAACAGAAGACCGCUUGUUUGUUGACAAACGACAUAUCUUCGCGCCUAGAAUUGUGAAUGUGAUACAAGGAGGAGCUCAGGAGCGGUGCUUCCCUUAGAGGACGUUUCUGGCCAGCACGGCGUGACACCCCAUGGCUGUGAAUGAUAUGCUGCUGUCGAAAGGGAUCUUAUCUCACCUCACUCAGUGGCUGGCGUGGGUGUGUCCGUAUUGUCUGCUGUUGUGUGCUUAUGGGGUGGAUGAAGGGUGUACUCAUAGUCG